AUGUCUGUCAGCGUUAUGCAGACAGAGACGCUCACGGAUGAUCAGAUCGAGUCUCUGCUUCAAGAAGCAGAGACUAGGCUCAAAGCAGCUUCCAGCACGGCAAAUGCAGUUGUGCCCGCUGACGAUGACGAACACUUGUCACUGAGCGAAAGGAAGCCCGAAUUCGCCAAGCGGAAACCGAUACCUCGCUUGCAACAUAAUCUGAACGACCGGACUGCGAUACAAGAGCGCGAUGGCGUUGCGCGUCUUACCCCGGAACUGCUGUCCACCAAACAGCAAGCGCUGAGACUCAAGUCGGUUGAGGUCAAGGAGCAGAAGUCCAAGGAUGAUGGACCUGUCGAUGCUGGCAAAGACUGGUUCAACAUGCCGCUCACGAACAUCACGCCUGGUCUGAAGCGAGACUUGCAACUCCUCCAGAUGCGUUCUGUCCUCGAUCCUCACCGGCACUACAAGAAGACCAGCUCCAAGAAAUCUAAGAUUCCGCAGUUCUCACAGGUUGGCACCAUCAUCGAAGGUCCUACCGAGUUCUACUCUUCACGCAUCAACAAGAAGGAUAGGGCGAAGAACUUUGUUGAGGAGGCUAUGGUGGGUGAGAAGAGUAAUGGGCGCUUCAAGCGAAAGUACAAUGAGAUCCAGGAUGCGAAGACCAGUGGGAAGAAGGCGCACUACAAGAAGCUUAUGGCGAAGAGGAAGAAGAGAUGA